AUGGCUGCAUUCAAGCUAGAGGGUUCUACUCUGAAGAUUACAAGCCUGAAUUUGGGUUCCACGAGACCCAAAUUGACUACAUUUGGUGCUGUAAAAAGUCAGUCUUUGGUUCAGUAUAAUGGUCUGCUAAUAUCCUCCAAGCCAAAGAAACCAUUGGUGGGGUGUCGAGCUUCCAUUUCUGAAACUCAAUCUAAGAAAAGUUCAGAUGGAAAUCAUAAGGAGGUUUUCUCUUCACCUGCAGUUAGCCAACUCAUUCCAUACUCGAGAGAGAUACAGAAUCUACUCACAGAAUUCUCUGAUUCAGAAUCAAUUGCAGAGUUUCAGAUAAAAAUCGGUGAAUUUGAGUUACAUGUAAUGAGGAACUUAAACGGGAAAAGCACGCCACCUCCUCCAAUAACUGCACCUCUCACUCUCGCUGUCUCUACAGCUGCUGAAGCACCUAACUCAUACACUUCAAUCUCAACAAAAUCCUUAGCCCUCGGUAAACCGUUAGUGACCCCUUGUGAAAAAGAUGCAUUGCUUGCUAGAGCUGCCGAGGAAGGUUUUGUUGUAAUUCAGUCCCUUAGGGUUGGGUUUUUUAGGAGAUCUCGUACUGUUAAAGGAAAGAGCGGUCCACCAUCUUGUAAAGAGAAUCAAGUAGUUGAUGAGGGCCAAAUUCUCUGCUACGUUGAUCAGCUUGGUGGGGAGAUGCCUAUUGAGGUUUAA